AUGUCUCUUAGACAAAGACCACCAAUUUCCAAUCCACCAUCCACCGCCGCUACCGCCGCCACCCCUCCCAACGACGACGACUUUGUCGACAAACUGUCGCCACCGCCACCAUCACAAAGCGCGCUCUCUCAAGCCCUAGAAAGCUCCGCACACCUAGCCAACCUCCUCCCGACCGGAACCCUAUUGGCCUUCCAAAUCCUAACAACGAUCUUCACCAAAAACGGGUCGUACGACUCCGCCACGCGACCGAUGACCCUAGUGCUCCUCGUCAUAUUCACCCUCUCGUGCUUUCUCGCAUCGUUCACCAACAGCGUAAAAUCCGCAUCCGACGAAAAAGUCUACUACGAACUCGUGACGCCGAAGGGCCUCUGGCUGUUCAACAACCCCGGCGUGGCGGCGGGAGGGGUGCCGGAGCUGAGCUAG